ACAAUGAGCGAGGAGACGCCGGUCACCCCCAGCUGGCUGAGCCCUGACCCCACAGCCUGGGCCAGCGGUGGCGGCGGGCCGCUGGACAACAGCACCGGCCUGGGGACGUUUCAACCGGAGGAGACACUCCCCCCCAGCCAGCUGCCUCUCCUGGUCAACCCCUGGGACAUUGUGUUGUGCUCGUCUGGGACUCUGAUCGCCUGUGAGAACGCCCUGGUGGUGCUGGUGAUCUGGCAGAACCCGGCCCUCCGGGCGCCCAUGUUCCUGCUGAUCGGCAGCCUGGCGCUGGCUGACCUGCUGGCCGGUCUGGGCCUGGUGCUCCACUUCACCUGUGCCUACCUGCUGCGCUCCGACUCGGCCCAGCUGCUGACCGUGGGCCUGGUGGUGGCCUCCUUCUCCGCCUCAGUCUUCAGUCUGCUGGCCAUCACCAUCGACCGCUACCUGUCGCUCUACUACGCCCUAACCUACAACUCGGAGCGCACCGCGGCCUUCACCUACACCAUGCUGGUGCUGCUCUGGGGCCUCUCCCUGUGUCUGGGCCUGCUGCCCGUCACGGGGGUCAACUGCCUGGCCGAGGAGGCUACGUGUAGCGUGGUGCGCCCGCUCACCAAGAACAACAUAGCAGUGCUGUCCGUCUCCUUCCUGCUGCUCUUCGGCCUCAUGCUGCAGCUCUACGUACAAAUCUGUAAGAUCGUGAUGCGCCACGCCCACCAGAUCGCCCUGCAGCACCACUUCCUAGCUGCCACGCCCCACUAUGUCACUACUAGGAAGGGUGUGUCCACGCUGGCCAUCAUCCUGGGUACCUUCGCCGCCUGCUGGAUGCCGUUCACUGUCUACUCCCUCAUCGCCGACUACACCUACCCCCCGCUGUACACCUACGCCACGCUGGUGCCUGCCACCUACAACUCCGUCAUCAACCCGGUUAUAUAUGCCUUCAGGAACCAGGAGAUCCAGAAGGCGCUGUGGCUGGUGUGCUGUGGUUGUGUGCCGGCCAGCGUGGCACAGCGGGCACGGACCCCUAGUGACGUGUGA